AUGGGUGUGGCACUGACCAGGUCAGCUCAGUGGACUGCAGCUGGAUAUGGUCCUGGAUCCCUGAAACAUACACCUCUCAAUGAAGCCAUAUUGAAAGAAAUUGUUACUUUUGUGGAGAGUUUUAUCUACAAAUAUCCUCAAGAGGCAAAAUAUGUUUUUGUCGAACCACUUGAAUGGAAAACAAAUCUAGAAACUUCAGCAUUUGAUUCAGGCUAUAUUGUCAGUGAAACAACAGUCAAAUCAGAAGAGGUUGAUAACAAUGGACAGCCUUUGCUCUUCCUCUCGGUACCACAAAUUAAAAUCUGGAGCUUUGGGCAGCUGUCACGCUUUUUAUUUAUUGCCAAAGAUACAAAGCUGGUGGAAGCACAGGCUUGUGUUGAAGCUAAUAGAAAUCCUGUAUCAAAAAUUCUGGGCGUGGAUUACAAUUCAAUGAAAGGAGACUCAUCUGCAUUAAAUCUUCUGGAUAAAAUUACCAAAGAUGAUGGUCCUGAACAUGAGAUUAAGAUGAAGGUUGCUAAACUGCUUAGUCAAUUGGACCAGCACUUACUUAAUAAUUCUCUAAAACAUAUUUCAUUAGAAAUACGCUUAAAUCCAGUGACUGUCAAGAAUGACAUAGCGCUGCUCCAACGUUUCUCAGGAAAAGGAGAACAAACAAUCUUAGAAUCUAUCAAAUAUACCUCAGAUUAUGAAUUUUCUAAUGGAUGUCGAGCCCCACCUUGGAGACAAAUUCAUGGGGAAAUUUGUUAUGUUUUUGUGAAGCCACAUGAUUUUGAAGAAUUGUGCGUUACUUGUAGCUCAGCUGGAGUAUUUGUCAAUGGCGGCAUAACAGAUGAUGAGGGGGAGAUUGAUUAUGAGAGAAGAGGUGAAAUUUAUAAAGACCUUGUCACAUUUUUGAAAGAAAAAUCACCAAUAUUUUUAGAAAAUUUGUCCAGACAGGUAAGUCUUUUGAACUUCCAUUGACAGAAGGAACUGAAAGCUCUUGAGGCCCCCAAAGCAGAAGAAAAUGCCGAUGCUGCUAAAGAAGUUACUGCUGAGUCCCAGAAUUCACAGGAAAAAAACCAAAUGAAUAUAAUGAAGACUCAACUGGCUAAGAGAUUAGAACCAAGUUUAGACUGGAAGGCCACAGUGGAUUUCAAAGAUCACAGAAUCUCAGUAAAAGAUCCUCAGGAGGAAAAACAAGUAGGAACACUUGAAAAGACAAAAUCGCCUGUAAAAUUACAACGGAGUGGUAUCGCUGGUAAGAACACUGAAAAGUUCGAGGAGGUUACUAGUGAGAGCUCCUCAGAGAGUGAGGAAGACGAGGAACCACCUGAUCAUCGGCAGGAAGCAAAUGCAGAUUUGCCAUCGGAAUAUUGGCAGAUUCAGAAGCUGGUGAAAUAUUUAAAAGGAGGGAAUCAGACAGCCACAGUGAUUGCAUUGUGUUCCAUGAAGGAUUUCAACUUGGCACAAGAGACCUGCCAGUUGGCAAUCAGGGAUGUUGGAGGUCUUGAAGUUUUAAUAAACUUACUUGAUACAGAUGAAGUCAAAUGUAAGAUCGGUUCAUUAAAAAUCUUGAAGGAAAUCAGUCACAAUCCUCAAAUCCGACGUAAUAUUGUUGACCUUGGGGGCUUACCAAUUAUGGUCAACAUACUUGAUUCUCCACACAAGAGUCUGAAAUGUCUGGCAGCUGAGACCAUUGCAAAUGUUGCCAAGUUUCGACGAGCCAGGCGAGCGGUGAGACAGCAUGGGGGCAUCACCAAACUGGUGUCUCUAUUGGACUGUGGGCAUAGUCACGCAGAACUGACUCAGUCAAAUCUGUACGAGACCAGAGAUGUGGAGGUUGCCCGCUGCGGAGCACUGGCUCUAUGGAGCUGCAGUAAAAGUUACGCAAACAAAGAAGCCAUUCGGAAGGCUGGGGGUUUCCCUCUCUUGGCUCGGCUCCUGAAGACUUCCCACGAGGACAUGCUAAUUCCAGUGGUGGGGACCUUGCAAGAAUGUGCAUCAGAGGAAAACUACCGAGCUGCAAUAAAAGCAGGCAAAAUUAUUGAAAAUCUAGUGAAGAACCUAAAUAGUGAAAAUGAACAGCUACAGGAGCAUUGUGCCAUGGCCAUCUACCAGUGUGCUGAAGAUGAGGAAACCCGAGAUUUGGUUAGACUGCAUGGAGGACUUAAAUCCUUGGCCACUUUGCUCAAUAAUACAGACAAUAAACAACGGUUGGCUGCUGUCACGGGGGCAAUAUGGAAAUGUUCCAUCAGCAAAGAGAAUGUAUCCAAAUUCCGAGAAUACAAAGCCAUUGAAACUUUGGUGGGGCUUUUAACUGAUCAGCCCGAAGAAGUACUUGUGAAUGUGGUUGGUGCAUUGGGAGAAUGUUGCCAAGAAUAUGAAAACAGAGUCAUUGUCCGGAAAUGUGGUGGUAUCCAACCACUUGUGAAUCUCCUUGUUGGGGUGAAUCAAGCUCUUCUUGUCAACGUCACAAAAGCAGUUGGUGCUUGUGCUGCAGAUCCUGAAAGUAUGACGAUCAUCGAUCGUUUGGAUGGAGUGCGUUUGUUGUGGUCACUGCUGAAAAAUACUCACCCAGAUGUGAAGUCCAGUGCAGCCUGGGCUCUCUGUCCCUGCAUCGAAAAUGCAAAGGACUCUGGAGAAAUGGUCCGUUCCUUUGUUGGUGGUUUGGAACUUGUUGUCAAUUUACUGAAAUCAGAUAAUAAAGAAGUCUUAGCAAGUGUGUGUGCUGCUAUUACUAAUAUUGCAAAAGAUCAAGAAAAUUUAGCUGUUAUUACAGAUCAUGGAGUUGUUCCUUUAUUAUCUAAAUUAGCAAAUACUAAUAAUGAUAAACUGAGACGUCAUCUAGCAGAAGCUAUUUCACGCUGCUGUAUGUGGGGCAGAAAUAGAGUGGCCUUUGGUGAACACAAAGCAGUGGCUCCAUUAGUGCGUUACCUAAAAUCACAGGACACAGCUGUGCACAGAGCAACUGCUCAAGCCUUGUACCAACUCUCAGAAGAUGCCAACAACUGCAUCACUAUGCAUGAGAAUGGUGCAGUGAAGCUUCUGCUGGAUAUGGUUGGGUCUCCAGAUCAGGAUCUCCAAGAAGCCGCAGCUGGUUGUAUAGCCAAUAUCCGCAGACUGGCACUUGCUACAGAAAAGGCAAGAUACCCCUAA